GGAAUUUUUUUACACUAUCAGGUCACCCAAGUAUAUAUGCAGGCAAAACUUCUUAAAAUGUGAGAUUUGUAAUCUUGAAAAUAAGUCAAAGUACCUGCUACAUGUAAAGGUGACCUGACGGUGUCAAAAGUUUCUUACACUGACGGUGUAUAUAUUUUGAAAGAAAAAAGGUGGUAGGUCGGCGUUGAACGCUUCAACUUGGUCGCUGAAGAAGGCGAAGGCUGGGCGAGAGACUAUGCCAACUUACUACUUACUGCCAUGGUUUAAGCUUUAGGCUCCAUAGAUGGAACACUGUUUAGGUAUUAGGGAGGGGAGGACACCACUCAGCACCGCUCCGUGGGGUGGGGUUCAAUGCCUAACAAAAAGGGCCAAAAAAUAUGACAAUGAUACUUAUCCUUUGCCAUAACUUCCAUAAUUUUUUUGUGUUUAAUUGAGCAGGUGAUAAUUGAGAUGACUAAUGGAGGUGCUGACUAUUGCUUUGAAUGUGUUGGUCUGGCAACACUGGUGCAGGAAGCAUUUACCUGCUGCAGAAAGUUUUUACUUUUCUCCACCUCCCUUUGCAGGGUUGGGGAAAAACAGUUGUUUUAGGAGUUGAUAAGCCAGAUGCACAGCUCAACUUCAACUCUCUUGAGGUUCUUCAGAGUCGGAAAACUCUCACAGGAGCACUCUUUGGAGGUCUCAAACCCAAAUCCGAUGUUCCUAUCCUUGCUAAGCGUUACCUUAACAAGGAAUUGCAAUUGGACAAGUUUGUGACGCAUGAAGUGAAUUUUGAAGACAUCAACAAGGCUUUCGAUUUACUUAUUCAAGGAAAGAGCCUACGCUGUGUUAUUUGGAUGGACAAGUGAUUUUCCUUAUUGCAGUCUGUGCUUUGUUUUCAGUUAGUGUAACUCAACACUCGAAAACCAUGUAACAGUUCUGUUCAUUUGGUCUCGAGUUCGAGUCAAACUUGGCAUUUCUAUACUUAGCCUCUUUUGGAGAAAUUCUCAAUAUAUGGAUGUGAUUGGAUUACUACAGCAAACAUAUUAUUGUAGAUUUUGCAA